AAGCGCAUAGUGAUCUUAAUCCGCCAUCUUCACCAUGAACUUGGUCUGUCCAUCUUGAGUGUAAUUUUGGUAAAAAAAGUUUGAUUGGAUAUCUGUCUGUUGGGCAAAAAUAAGGAAGCCACCCUGCCGACGUUUACAGACUCGGACUAAAUGGACAGUACGUCCAUUAUAACUCAAGCAAGUCGGGAAGAGGAACAACUUACAAGUUUUCCUCCCGAAAGAGGUUUUACUACCACAAAGAAACCUCGACACAAAGGAUUUUUAGGGACACUUCUAUGUUGUUUUGGAACUUCUGUCAGCCAGCAAAGUCCACCAGUUCAUCCAGAAGAAAAUGGAAGAUAUUUACCAAAGGGUCAAGGAAAAUAUUUACUGCCUCAAGUACGACAUCAAGAUAUACAUAAGAUGUGUCUUGUCAUUGAUCUGGAUGAAACACUUGUUCAUAGUUCAUUUAAGCCCAUUAGCAAUGCAGAUUUUGUGAUUCCUGUUGAAAUAGAUGGAACUGUACACCAGGUUUAUGUUCUUAAGAGGCCUUUUGUAGAUGAAUUUUUACAAAGGAUGGGUGAAUUAUACGAGUGUGUACUUUUUACUGCUAGCCUUGCAAAAUAUGCAGAUCCAGUUGCUGAUUUGCUGGAUAAAUGGGGAGUAUUUCGUGCUCGGCUUUUUAGAGAAUCAUGUGUCUUCUACAGGGGUAAUUAUGUAAAGGAUUUAGGAAGACUAGGGAGAGAUUUACAAAGGGUUGUGAUAAUGGAUAAUUCUCCUGCAUCCUAUAUCUUCCACCCAGAUAAUGCUGUAAGUUUUAUUUCUUUAUUUGUAAGGUUUUUGUUUAUUACUAUAAAUUAUCAUCAAAAUAUCUGUUUUCUUUUUAGUAGUAUUUCAGGAACAUUGAAUUUAACUAAAUUAAAUAAUUAUAAUACACUGGUAUAGUACAUCAGUACUCGUAUUGUUCUUAAUGUGAACAAUUUUGUAUUCAAAUGCAGGUUUUGGCUGUUCGUUUGGCACUUAGCCAAACAAACACAAUCUACUUGAACAAACUUUCGAUUUGAUAACAAAUAAUUUUAUUUUAACUUCAGUUUUGUCAUCCAUACAAUUUUUCUAUGAUAAAAAUGAGUAACAAGUAAAACAGCAAGGCCAUUUUUGGAACGAGACUGUGUCUCAGAGACUCACUACUAAGUGAGAUCACUUUGACACUCAUGGUGGGUCUUUUUUCUCAUUCUCCAAUCUUCUUUGGUAUCACUAGUUUUGAGUGUGAUUGUUCAAAUGUCACCGGCCAUGACCAUGACCACGAGGUUGUCCAUGAGGCAUUUUCGGUGAAAUUAACCUAUCCAAUGUCAAAAUUUUUCCUUCACACCUCCAUGUCCGGCCAUUAUGGCACUGCA